GCAGCCAAGAUUAGAAUAAUCCUGACUAGAGAAUUGUACGUUCCGGUCGGAUCAUCAUCAAGAUGGAGACCUUAUAUAAGACGAACGGUGGCCUUGUCGUCGUGAUAGAUCACCAUCUACUUCACGGCCGCCUCCCUCUCCGGAAGCCUAACACCUUCACGAUACCAUGAGUCGCAUUGCGUCCUUUGUGGCCAUUGGCCUUCUAGCAUCGGCUGUCAGCGCGCUACCCUCCUCCGAGCGAUGGACCAAGCGAAUCAGUAACAAUACGGAAAUGAUCUAUAGCUUCGAGGAUCUUCCACACUCAACUGAUCUCCAAUGGACACCAUGCUACGAUCGUUAUCACUGCGCAAACCUUGAAGUGCCUCUAGACUACGCAGAACCCGACGUUGGUACUACCAUUGUCGCCUUCAUCCGUCAAAAAGCCGCCAAUAGCACUGGUCAAGACGUUAUUUUCAACCCUGGUGGACCAGGCGGAUCUGGCAUUGAAUAUAUCCUUUCAGGCGGAGGUGACCAGCUUGUCAAUUUUACUGGUGGCAAGUACGAUGUUGUCAGCUUUGAUCCCAGAGGCGUAAAUAAUAGCGGGAUCGCCUUGACUUGCUUCCCCGACAACCCUGAGGCUCGUGACGCAUACUAUGCUUCCCUGCAAACGUCCUUGCCGUCCCUCAAUGAGCAAUACUACCAAGCUGUUGCUCUGGGUCAGUGGUGUAUGGAAGCGAACAAUGAUACAUUCGCCAAGUAUGCCGGUACCUCAGCCGUUGUCCAGGACAUGAUGCACUUCACCGAGCUACAAGCUGCGCUAGAUGGAGUUAAAAAGCCCGAAGAGGCCGAGAUUUGGUACAUCGGAGGUAGCUAUGGAACCGUAAUUGGCCACACUCUAGCUGCCAUGUAUCCCGACCGCAUUGGGCGCAUCGUCGUCGACGCGAACGUAAAUUCUGAGGACCACUACAACGGCCUCAAAAAAACAGCUAUCGAGGACGCUGAUGACUGCUAUGGAUGGUUCUUUGACCUCUGUUAUAAAGCUGGUCUGGAGAAGUGCGCUUUCGCCGGCAAAUCUGGAAGUGCUAGCGACAUCAAGAAGCGCUUCGACAACCUUCUCGCCCAGCUUGAAAAGGCACCAGUCGUCCUCAACGACACACAUAUUGACCCGCUACUCAGCAGAGGACCGCAGAUUGUUACUAAAGACCGCGUUUUGACUGUGGGAUUCCGCACGCUAUAUAGACCCUUUACAGAGUUUGCAUACCUUGCUAAAGGGCUUGCCGGUCUUGAAAAGAACAAUGCCACCGCAUGGAUAGCUGUCGAGCAGGAGCUGAACCAGCCAGGAAACCCCGGGCCAUUCAAUUAUACGACUAUCGCGAUGCAGGAGGUGUUGACCUUCGUCACUGCAGUUGAUGCAGCGGGUCGCUCUCCGAUCAAGAAUGUAGACGACUACAUCAAGGUAGCAGGUGAAGUUGAGCGUUUGAGCGUGUACGCAGGCAAGGGCUAUGCGUCGACGAACGUGUUGAUCACCGCCGGACUAAACAUGACACCUCCCAAGAGCCAACGCUUCCUUGGCUUCAAGAAGACCAAGACGAAGACUCCAAUCUUCUUCAUGAACCCUUCUGCUGACCCUAUCACCCCAAUCGCGUCCGCCAAGCACAUGUUGCAGUUCUUCGAGGGGUCUGUUCUUCUUGAGCAGAACUCGGUUGGCCACUCGGUCACAUCUGGUUCGUCGCUGUGCACGCUUGGUCACCUGAGAAGGUAUUUGAACAACGCCACGCUACCGAAAGCGGGAACCGUCUGUGAAACGGAUACGAAGCCAUUGGUGGACAGCCCGUCGUUGCAGAAGCGGUCGUUGCCCUUUGUACCGAUGCAUCUCCAAAGGUAGAUUGCGAGUGUGAUAGAUGUGGGAGAAGGCAGGGUGGUGAUGAAUAAUGAGACAACAGUAAUGUAGUCGUUACAUUUGCAUCAUGGCGGGGAUUUUUAAGCUCUUAUCGGUUAUAUAAUUAAUGCCGUUCAAACCUUGUUGCAUAGUUCUGCACUCCCCCAGCUCAC